UAUACAUCGGCGCGCGGUUGUUGCUGCUCUGAUUCAUGUGUUCGUAAUGGGUGCCCGCCACCCCCUCCUCUCGUUCUAUGGUUUGAUCGAUGCGGCGUUGACAAUGCCAUGAAUACGAACAUGAGUAUGAAUCGGUAUAUGCAUGAAUAUGAACAUGAAUGCGAAAAUAUUGACCAGCCGUAAGAGCCAUCACAUUCGUCGCCACUGAUGAUAACAAUAAAUAUGAAAAUUCCAAAAAUGCAAAUUGCCAAAUCUGAGGACACACAAUAAAAUCGACCAUAAAGAAGAACAUCAAAUCAACAGCAGACGCUAAACAGCGAUAACAUUGGCCAAUACCGAGCCUCAGCCGACGACAGCAACAGCAGCAAUAAUAACAACAAAAAACAGCAACAACACAACAUAACAACUCUGGCCGGUGGCAAUGGCCGAGCCGGAGCCCAAUCCUGCACAGCAUCUGCAACGGCAGCGCCAACCCCGACCACAGAUUCAACCUAGCAAAUGUCGGCACGUGCGCAGCCCGUGCUCCUGGGGCCGUAGCUGGAGCAGAGUCGCCUGGCUGCUAGCUGCUGUAUGCCUGCUGACGCGGCCCGUCAUGCCGGAAGUUAUUUAUCGAGUUGAUCCUUUGGCUCUCCUAGCGGCCACCUUGCGGACGUACCAGCGUGCCGGAUGCGAUUCAGAACAGCUGUCACUCAGCUGUCCACGUGGCACUAGCAUUUCCAUAGAGCUGGCCCAGUACGGACGAGCUGGUGAUUUAUCCGACCACAGCUUGUGUCCGCCGGUCUCGCAAGAGGACCUCACCACGACCGGAAGUGCCGGCGAUGCUGUCAUCCACAGCGGCACAGAAAUCGAAGUCAAACCGCCGGAAACGUGUACCGUAAGCGGAUUACAGUAUGCCCUGCUGCAGACUGUGGUGGAUGCCUGCCAAAAGAAGAGGCACUGCAAGUUCGCUGCGAAUUCCAAAACGCACACAAGCGGAGAUCCUUGCUCGGGCAUACGAAAAUUCGUCGAGAUUGCCUACAAAUGCCGUCCAUACGAGUUCCGGAGCAAGUUGGCCUGCGAGAACGACAACAUGCCACUGAUGUGCAAUCCGUACUCACGCAUCGCCAUCUACAGUGCUUCCUUCGGGCACACGGAACGGGAGAGUGUGCAGUGCGGUGGCCAGGGCGCUCCAGCUGGAAGCGUGAUGAUCAAUCGGGAGGAGAACGGACAGCCCACCUGCCUUGUGUCCUAUGCCACCGAAACCGUGAUGCAAAUAUGCCAUGGCCGCCGACGCUGCUCGGUGACCGCGGAUGCCGGCACCUUUGGUCGCCCCUGCAAGGCUGAUGUGCGAAUGUAUCUGAAGGUCGUUUACACAUGCAUACCACGCAAGGUGCUUAAAGAUCGCUAUGAAACGGCUGCGGAGUCAGAUGAGCCGCAGCAAACUGAUCUAGACUUGGACCAAGAUGAGCUAUACGACGAGGAUCAAUUUUAUAAGGAGUCCGAGGCCAUACCGCCGGCACCCAAGCUGCAAGGCGCCAACGUGGGUCGCUCCUUCGACUUUGGCGCCAACAACGCUGCCGAAGAAGCUUCGAGCACGCUCCUGCCCCCACUGCUAUCGCGCAACGAUGGCUCCCUAGAGGAGCGACUACAGUCAUCUGUGCGGCUCCUAAGCCGCAUAAAAGAGUCAUUCAACCAUCAAUUGCCGACCGAGAUGGCCGCAUCUACAACAUUGGCCAAUGAGCACAUUAUCACAACGACCGAUGGGGCUCCAAAUGAAGAUAAUGAGGAUAAGGCCAUUGAAUUGGAGACGGAGGGCUCUGACUCCGAUGCUCAGGCCAAUACAGAAUCGGGUUUUCAGAAGGGAAAUUUCUUCUAUCGUCGCAAGUGCCAGAUGGUUGAUGAUUGGGGGCCAAUAGGUCUGAACUGCACCGAGGAGGACAUCGUCACUGAACGUGUCGAAGUGGUUGGUUUCUUGGCAAAUUGGCUGCACACCUAUCUGCACAUCCGAAAGCACCAGGAACAGUUUUACCUCUAUUUAAUCAUAUCGGUGACAGCGGGUGUUCUGCUUUGUCUGACGCUUGUCAUCGGUCGGCUCACCCUCCAGCGACGUGGCGGCCGUUUGAAAAGGAGCUCAAGUGUCAGCGGCGUGGCCAAGAACUUUGCUGAAACGCCAAUUGAUGGCACAGGUGGCAGCGGUGCCGGAGGUGGCAGCAAUUUCCAACAGAUGGCAACAGGUGAAACCCAUCUGGCCGACACUUUCGGCGACGACAUCUCCGACAUCGAUGUUGACGUUGACUUAACAACGCCGGUACCAUUGUCCAGUCUAUCAUCACGGAAUGAGACCUACAUGACAUACGCACCGACGCCCAACUGCAGCUACGCUGGCUUACCGGGCGCCCAAGCACAUCAUCCUUCGUCCACAGCAACCAGUGUGCUGAUGGCACCACCUUCACAGGCCAACAUUUACACCAGCAUGGGCCAUCCAGCUGUGAGCGGAGCAAUGACUAUAGGUCCUCACAUGCUGGGCCCCUCGAGCUUGAGUGGCGUCGCACCAGCUUAUCUGAGCGGCACAAUCAUGGUGCCUGGACAUCAGCACACGCAUGCAGGCACCCUGCGGCGCACUUUGAUACCGACUAGCAUGGGCCUGAUGAGCUCGCCGUCACCACCGCCCGCGAUGCUGGGAACCGGCGGCGGAAUGGCCCUGCCGCCGCACUCGCUGGCCGCUACCAGCGGCAGCGGUGUCUACUAUGAUAGCACGGUGCCGCGCACUCUGGCAAGGGGCAUCUCGACAGAGAGCAGCGGCCAGUAUUUCUUUGGAUGACACUCGCUGAACCGCAAGGCUU